AUGGUGCGUGACACCGGUGAGUUAAGCGAGGAUGACUGUAGUGAGCUUCUCAAGUUCUACAUGAGGGGAAAGCGGCUGGGAUGUGGAGGGCAAGGGCAGGUUUUCAUGAUCCAUAAUGGCCACAACACAUAUGCUGGAAAGUUGUUUCGAUCGGGGAGUGAUGCCGAGAGAGAAGCUCGGCUCAUGUCCAAGCUUCACGCCUGCCCUGGGGUCGUCUCCUUCAAGGGCUUUGUCAGGGAGAGAGAUGGUGCCAAGUGCUAUGGCACCAUCGUCAUGGAGCUGUGUGGCCCAAACCUAUGCGAGGGAUUGAUCAACUGCGGGCCGAUGAGGGAGGAGGAUGCAGCGAAGACCAUCAAGAAGCUGGCUGAAACGCUCAAGGAGAUCCACUCCAGGGGAAUUAUCCACCGGGAUCUCAAGCCGGAGAACAUUCUUGUCAAGCUCAAUGCCACUGGUGUGCACGAUGUUCUGAUUGGAGACUUCGGGAUAGCCACAGACCUGCACAGGGAGAUGUCAAAGUACUGUGGCACGGAAAAGUAUAUGGCACCAGAGGUGAUGGCGAGGAAGGGCCGCAAGGGAGAAUCACAGAGCUUCUACACGGCAGCCAUUGAUGUGUGGGGUUUGGGAGUCAUUGCGUACGAGCUGUUGAAAGGUCACAAAUCGAGAAUGGAAAUCGAUUUCUUGAGAGCGGGAGCAUUUCCAACUGGUUUUGGCUCGGACCAGGCGGAGGAUCUUCUCCGGGGGAUGUUAGCUGUUGAACCGAGCAAGAGGGUAACGCUGGACCGUGUGCUUGCACAUCCCUGGAUCGUGAAGCAUUGCAGCAGCAGUAGCAAGAUCGAGACGACGACACGCAGCAGGCGCUGUGGAAUGAAGAGGAGUCUUCCCAGCAACAGCGACUUGAUCGUGAAAAAAGCUCGUGCAGCUUAA